CCCCGCGACCCCCGGCCGCCCCCACCUCGGCCGCCCCUGUCCCCCGCUCGCGGGCUCCGGCACCGCCGCCACCUGCUUGCCCCGGGGGGCACGGAUCGGCGCGCCCCAGGGCUGGCUUUUCUCUCGCUCGUUCCUUCGUCUUCCAACAUCACUGAAUUAAAGGGACCGCCCAGUGCCCGGGGCCGGCCACCGAUUCCCGUGAGGGCUGCAUCACCGAAGAAGGGCUUGCUUUAUUGUUUUGAUUCUUUAAAAAUGAUUGCCCAAAUGAGCCAAAUGUUAAGCUUUUGCGGAGCAAAACCGGCUCCUGGCGGGCAGGGAGGGCGCGCUCUGCUGUCCCCGGCGGUGGCGAUUCUUCCCUUUCUUUAGCCAACGGCCAGUGGUGUUGUCCCCGGUCCCCAGCCCCAGGUGCUGGCGGUGGUGGCCGGGCCCCCUGGCCCGCCUGCCCCUGGACCUCGGGUCCUCUAGCUGCUCCAUGGGUGUGGCCAGGGGUCUGGCCGGGCCUCCCGGGGGCCUUGGGGUCUUGGGGCAGUGAGGCACAGGGCAGGUCUGCGUCAAAGGAGGCGUGACCCCACGGGUCCGAGGCCCCAGUUGCCUGUGACAGCCUUCCCAAGAGCGUGGCCAGAGUCCCGACUGGCCCGCACUGGCCAUGCCUCUGGCCCGGCUCUCAGGCUCCCCUUUCCUCUUCUCUUUGAGAGCCGGCACAGGUCACCACGCUUCCUGGGCAACGGGAAAGAGGUUCAUGUCUGCAGGAGACGAUCUCGUUCUGGGAGGAGCUGUCCAGCUGUCCCCAGGCCGAGCCAUCGGGAUGGGCACCCCAGGUCAGCAGAGCCCGUCGCCCCCUCCAGGCCCCCGAGCAGGGUCCUGCCUCCUGCUCCUCCUCUGCCUACACGUGGGCGCCCCCUGCCCGCAGAGCUGCCAGUGUCCCGAGGGCCCUGGGGGCGUGGCCGUCCACUGUAGCACCAAGGGCUUGCAGGAGGUCCCCAAGGACAUCCCCGCCGACGCCGUGCUCCUGAAGCUCGACGCCAACAACAUCUCGCACAUCCCCGACGGAGCCUUCCAGCAUCUGAGCCAGCUGAAGGAGCUGGACCUGUCCUGGAACGUCAUCGAGACCCUGGGCUCUUCCGCCUUCACCGGCCUGGCCGGGGGCCUGCAGCUGCUGGACCUGUCCCACAACCGCCUCCGCCGGAUCCCGAAGGACACCUUGGGCAAGCUCAGCGCCAAGAUCCGCCUGUCCCACAACCCCCUGCACUGCGAGUGUGCGCUGCAGGAUGCCCUGUGGGGACUGAAGCUGGACCCCGACUCGGCCGACGGGAUCGCCUGCCAGACCUCGGAGCAGGAGGAGUUCGCGGGCAAGCCGCUCAUCCAGGCCCUGGAUGCCGGCGCCAACUUCUGCAGCAUCCACCACAAGACCACCGACGUGGCCAUGCUCGCCACCAUGUUCGGCUGGUUCGCCAUGGUGAUCACCUACCUGGUGUACUACGUGCGCCAGAAUCAGGAGGCCACCAGGCGGCACCUGGAGUACCUCAAGUCCCUGCCCAGCAUCCCCGGCACCAAGGACCCCGCCAGCCCGGUGCCCUAGUGCCGUCGGCCCCCCAUGUCUGCUUCCCGCGCCUUCCAGCCAACCGCAGCCCAGCUGGCGCUCCACUGCUGUGGCGGUCAUGAUGACACUUUUGUUAUUCAUUCCCCUGAUAUUGAUGCUGAUGGCAACUUCUGUACAGUGCUUCGUUCCUGGAAAGCGCUUUUUGCAAGCUGCGUUUAGCCCCUGUAGCAUCCUUGAGCCAGGUGAUGUUACCACCAGACGCACUCAACGGAGGAGGAAACUGAAGCUUUGACAAAUUGGGUGAUUGCCCGUGAUCACACGCACAGGACCCGAUCCAGUCGGGGCUUGUUCUGGGUUCUUUCCACUCUCCCUCGCGGCAGCUGCAGGAUGGAACGUGCACUCAGAGCGUGGGAAUCUGCCCCCUGGAGAGUGGAAGGCAGAGUCAUAGAUUUAAGGCACUGCUAAGUCCCGCACCGAGGAGCUGCUCCACCUUUGCUUUACUCCUCUUUCCUGCCCUUUCCCAAAGCGAUGUAAAAGGAUCUUGUUAACCAUUUAGGAAAUGCUGUUCCCGAGCAGGGUUUCUGGAGGGGUGAGUGGUAUGUUUGGCUCAAACUAACUUCUGCAACUUUGCUUGUCCAUUCUCAGAAUGUUUGUUCAGACUAACACUUGUGCCAAAUUUCAGUUUGGUGAGAGAAGAAAGAACUAAGGAGAGAAGCCUGGGAAACAUCCAAUGUGGACAGUUGGGGUCAGUGUCUGCAGCCAAUCAGUGUGGCCUGGCUGCUUCCUGGCCCGGCUGGUGGCCGGCCACCUCGAGUUACCACCGUGCCUUGUCUUUCUAAAACAGCUCUUUCAAACCACAGGAGAGCUGAGGUUUGAUGGUGCAAGGCCAAUCAAUGAGAUACCUCCUUUUCUCCAGCAACAAGAACUGUCUCUUUUCACCUUGGCUGCCAGGAAUCUCGGAGCUAAUUUAAUGCUCAAUUUUCUUAGCUAUAGUACUUAAAGUUCAGGGUAGACAAUACCUCCACCUACAUGACUCUGAUCUGUCUUUGUAAUUUUAUUUUUUACUGCCUUUUUUUUGGUUUAUAUUUUAAACUACUUCAAAUGUUUUGUUGGGGGGAGGAGCAAAUACUUGUAAAUUGCUUAUGGACUUACGAUAUAAAGGAUAGAAGCAUAAUCAAGCAGAUGCUUAAAAAUAAUGAAAAUCUAGAGUGAUUUGUAUUUGGAGAGUGUUGUGUGACUUGAGUGGGAAACAUGAGCUU